AUGGUGGGGAAGAAUGAUUCACCAAAGGAAAGGAAUAGAGAUUGGAUUAGGGAACUUAUGAAUAGUAGUUCUGGUUAUUGUGAUGAUCAUCAUGAUCUUCGAUCUAGCGAGAACAAUACUUUCUGUGUAGAUUGUGCUGUUAGAAUGUGUAGGCACUGUAAGGAAGCUCAUUCCAUGCAUACAAUGUUUCAGAUAUACAGAUAUUCCUAUCAGGAUGUUUUUCGACAUUCCGACUUGCACAAGCAUUUUGACUGCUCAAAUAUUCAGACUUACAUAUCCAAUAAUGAAAGGAUUGUGCAUCUAAAACCUCGGCCUCCAAUCUAUAAAUCUAAACCUGGUGAUCAAUGCCCUGAAUCCAAAUCAAAAGAAAGCAACUUAUCAGCAAGAUUUAAAUUGGGAGGUACUACAUGCGAAGAAUGUGGAAAACACUUGCAAGACGAGCGCAGUCGCUGGUGCUCUAUUAUAUGCAAGAUCUCAGCGCUUCCAGUGGAGCCUCAAAGCCAAGGUCCUAAUCAUCACACACAAAGGAGCUUAGUUUUCAACCAAAGUGGUAGAUGCACCAUCACUCCAAAAAUUGAAGCAAUUGACUUCACUAUGAAUGAUAACCUUAAUUCAGAACCGGAGUCAUCUAUUUCUGAAGCUGAGCCAUGUGGGCGGGUUGAAGUUGUGAAUUUCAGGAAGCGCCCCAGAAAAACCCCUCCUCAAAGGCCUCACUUUGUUUUCAUUUCUUAG